UCCGUACUCCAUUCCAUUUCUUAAAGUGCGGAUCGCUAUGUGGUUCCUUAACGUCUGUCUCCUCUUUGUAGGAAUUCAAUACACAGCAGCUUCAACAUGUUCAACGCAUUACCAUGGCCGCUGUGUAAAUUUAUUUGACGAUUGUCACGUGGGAGACAGAUAUAGCUACAAUUACUGUGGUUUUCUACAGAAGUGUUGUGUCACUCCGCAUGCUACACAAACACACACCACAGCCGCUCCACAACACGGAAGCGGAAGUGUUUCCACUAACAAUGGGGGGCAAUGCGGAACCUCAUUGGUUGGAUCCACCCACACCAAAAUUGUCGGCGGUACCACAGCAUCGCAUGGUGAAUUUCCAUGGCAGGUGUCUCUGAUGUAUGGCGGUAGUCACGUGUGUGGUGGUACACUUAUUGACUCCCAGUGGGUCGCUACUGCUGCGCACUGCUUCGAAGACUACCACAACGUUCGUCACUGGACUGUCGGUGUUGGUAUGCACGAUCGCCACCAUCUGUACACAAGUCAAGUCCAUCAUGUCCGAAACUUGAUUGUCCACUCCGGCUACAAUUCUCGUACAAACCUUAACGAUAUUGCCUUAAUGAAACUGGAUAAACCUGUGGACAUCAACACCCAAUAUGUCCGCGCUGCCUGUCUGCCAAACUCAAAUGAUCAUUUCGAACAAAUGACUUGUACAGUAACUGGAUGGGGCGCUACAUACUUUGAUAACAACGGUCAUGCCCCGGGCGCCCAGUACUUAAGAAAGGUUGAUGUACCGACAAUGACAAACUCCCAGUGUCAGUACUUCUUGGGUAGAUCUCACGUGCACAUCAGUAAUAUCUGCGCAGGUCUGAGAGCAGGCGGAAAAGAUGCCUGUCAGGGAGACAGUGGCGGUCCUUUAGUCUGUAAGAAGGAUGGAGUUUGGAAGUUGGCGGGAAUCGUGUCCUGGGGAUACGGGUGUGGCGAUAGGAACGCCCCUGGAGUGUAUACACGUGUCAGUUCCUUCCUAUCCUGGAUUAACCAACAAAAAGCGGCUCAUCCUUGAUCUCUUAACUAUAAACUUUUAUCUUUUGAUGACGUGGUAUAAAGAUGACAUCAUAA